AUGUAAUUUGUGAAUUCCACUCCAUCUCCAAAAAAAUCACCUAUUUCUAUAUAAGGUCAAUAGGGAAAAAUGUACAAGAAAAAAUAGUUAGUGAAAUCAACAUCAAAAUAAUUAGAGAUUCCUCCUAUUUCUACUUAGAGAACAAUGAAAACAACAGAUCAAAUUUUAUCUUAACGAAGUCCCAUAACUGGUACAACCAAAACAACAAAACAUACCAUUGAAACAAAAAGAAGCAUGUCUCCCGAAGAAUUAAAAUCUUUCAGAAAAAGUAAUAAGACAUAAAAAAAUUAGGAAGACACAAAUAAUCCAAAACAAAGAUCUCCUCUAUCCACUGAAAAAAAAUAACAUUCCAAUAAAAUGUCUAUAUAAUAAUAUAUGAAGGAAAAAAAAAAGUCAGAGCAGUUAAAAGAAAAGCUUUUAUAAUAGAAAGUUUUGAAUGAUUAAUAAAAAAAGUAUUAUUCAUUAAAUUCAUAUUUAUUAGAUUAUACAAUCUCUAAAAAUUAUAACUAGAAACUAAAAAAAUAUUUGAAAAUGCUAAAAAAACAAAGAAAAAAUUCUCUAAAAAACUAAAAUAGAAAAAAUAAAAAAUAGAUGAAAUUAUAAAAAGGUUUGAAGAAAUAUCUAAAAGGUAUGAAAAAGUCUAACUUGAUUAAAUUGAUAAAUUCUAAUAAGAAGUAGCUAAACAUUAAUAAUCUUAUAAAACUUAAACUGAAAAUGAAUCAUAAAUUAAUUACAAUUAAGAAGAUUAAGAAGCAUUUAAUGAAUAUUAUUUACAUUAAGCAGCCUUAUUAAUUUAAAUUCAUUGGAAAGAAUAUAAAAAGAAAAAGGAAAAAUAAAAAAAGAAAGUAUCAUAGUCUAAAUUAUAAUAAAUAAGUAUAGAUUGGGAACCAUAAUAAUUAAUUUCAUAAUAAACAUCUCCUAGCAAUUUUGAAGAUGGCUUUCUUUUUUGUUAAGGAGGAGAAAAAUAAGUUCAUAUAUCAAAUAUUAGAAGUUCAAUCAUUUCUGAAGAAUCCUCACCUAUUGUUAGUCAAUUAAAUUAAGAAUUUGAAAAUUGGAAUCUUUUUACUUAAAGAAUAGUUAAAGAUAAAGAUAUUUCAGGCAUUAAUAAAUAAAUGCAAUAAUAGAUUAUAUCUAUUGUAUAAACACAUUUAAAAUAAUCUGAAAAUGUUUCAGAAAAAAGAAGUGAAAAUGAAAUCUUAUAAGAGAAAAGCAUAAAUAAACAUCAAAAAUAAUUAAGUGAAGAUCUCUCUAAAACUAAUGCACUUUAAUUAUAAAAACAAUCAUAAUAAGAAGAAAACUUAGUAUUAAAUUAUAGAGAAGAAGUUCUAUAUCUUAGAUAUGAUGUUGAAUAAAAAAAUGCUACUGGAAAAGAUUAAUAAUUGCUUGAAGAGUGGUUGAAUAGAGAAUUAGAAGAUUUGUAAAAUACAAGAAAGGCUUUUGAAUUAGGUCAUAGAAGAGAAAUUUCUACUUUAAAAAAAAUUCAAAGAGAUAUCCUUAUUGCUUCUGCAGAGCUAUAAUCUGAUCCAUAAGAUAAUUUAUAGAUUUAGCAAAUAUAAUAAUAAAUAGAUGAAUAAUUUAACGGUCUUAAAGUUACAAAAUAGAAUAAUAAUAAAUUAUAAGAGGAAAUUUAAUAAACUGUUGAUUUAAUAACUACUGAAAUUGUUAAUGAUAUGAUGGUGGAAUUUUCAGAAGAAGUGUUGAAUAAUAGAGAUGAUCUAUAUUUAAUAAUUUCAAAUCUUGUCGUAAAUUAAGAUGAACCACCUUGUGUUCCUACAUCUAUGGCUGAUAUCUAAUAAUAUAUUGAUAACCUAUUUAAAUAUAUUUUGGAAUAUCAUAAAUAAUCAUUGUUAUCAAAUUUGAAUACUCCUUUUGGAUUUACACCUAAGUAAAGAUUGAGGUUAAUUCAUGGAAAUGAAGAUGAUGAUAUUGAUAAUAAUAAGGAAUUCUAAGAUCAAAUAGCAUUUCCAAUAGAUGAGACUAUUUUUGUUGAAUAUGAAAAUUAGAGAAUGCCUGCAACUGAUGAUGAUGAUGAAAUUGGAUGUGCUAUUUUAGAACUUCAACAUAUUCAUUAUAAAGCAAUUUUUGAUGCAUGUAAUGAAGUUUUAAAUCGAUAUAGACCAUUUUAUUAUAGUAAUUAUUUUAUAUUAAAUUAAGAUUCUGGCAUAAAAUACCCAUGGGAAUAAAAGAAAAUUAGUUUAUAAAAAAUAUCAAAUGAAAGUAUAGAUAAAAUAUUGGAAGAAGUUAAAUCCAUAGUAUUAAAAUAAAGUAAAGUCUUGUGUGGGUUUUAUCCACCUGAAGAUUUUGAAACUAUUAAAUAAGAGAAAUAAGAAAUAAUAGAUGAGAAAAAUAUAAUUAUGCUUAUAUAACAAUUAAAUUUAGUUGAAAAUCCAUUAUUAGUUGAUACAAAUGUUCAAUUUGAUAAUUUAGCCUUAAUUAGAGAUGAGUAACUAUACAAAUUACUUAUAGAGGAUGUAAAAUAUUUAUAGAAAUUAUUAUAGAUUAAGGAAUAAGAAUACAAGUGGGCUUUGAUUGAAGAUGAUCGAGCUGAAUACUUAAUGGAAUUAAGUGAUCAAAUUUUAGAGACUCUUAUAGAAGAACUCUCCAAAGAAAUGUGA